AUGGAGAUCUCCAGGAGUGGAACCACCAAGAUCUACCAGCAACUUCUCGGCACCGAGACGGUGAUCCCCUCGGGAACGCCAUCCUCGUCGUUGUGUGAGGGGCGACCGCUGGCCUGGUGCCAGAAGGAACCCACCUUUUGGAUGAAAGGAACAGCAACAUUGACCCGACUGCAGGACUAUACCUCCAUGUAUCAGCCCUUGUCGGAGAAGUUGCAAGGCAGCACCGCGGAGCGGCGCUCCGGCGAGCGCCUGAUGUCUUUGGAUUGGUCGCCCUUGAACUACGAAGCGAACCCUUUGGUGCUGCGCCUUGCGCAUCCCUCGCCACACUUCGUGGCGUUGCUGCGGAAUCCCAUCCAUCGAGCCGAGUCGGACUAUAACUGGUCCUUCUUCGCCGUGGCUCCCAGCUGUCGCAAGAUGCCCUCGAAGGGCGCCGCAUCGCUUGCCGGCAGUGCCAGGCACAUGCACCAGCUGAUGUCGAUGACUGUUCAGCAUUUUGGAGCUUGUUUAGAGCACGAGCGUAGUCAAAGCCGAGCCGGCACUGCGGAACGGCUCUGUUGGCAUCGAAGCACUGAAGAUCGCAUCAUCAGCUGCUCCAGCUACAGAACAACUUCUGCCUAUGUCCUGCGCGGACUUUACAGUGUCUACCUCCGUUGGUUCCUGGAGCACUUCGCCUCCCAGCACUUCACCGUGGCGCGCAUCGAGGACCUGCACGACGUCGCCGCCGUCCUUCCGGCGCUGCGCCUGGGACCCCGUGGAGCGACGGUUCCCGCGGCGCGGGCGGCGCCGGUGCUGGAGACGCAACGGCACCAGGUGCAGUUGCUACCAGAGACCACCGAAAUGCUGCGGGGCUUCUACACUCCUUACGUGAAAGACCUGCAGGUCCUCUUCAACGACACGACGCUCUCCUGGUGGUGA